AUGCGCCGAUGUGCUGUCUGGCACGACGCCAGGGGGCGAGUAUCACGAGGGAAUGUUCAUGACGUGGAAUGGCGACACGUUGACACUUUGCAGUACACAUCAUUUCUCGCCGUGCUCCUAGCGGUCGUAUUCGUCAUGAUCACAGUCGUUAUAGCGGCAAUCAACAUCAACAAUGGCACGCUACCUGUGCCCAGCUUUUCACCAGACUUCAGCUCAGCCAACGCAAUCAUGGCCAUGUUUAGCGUCAUCCCGAUCAUGGCUACAGCCUAUGUUUGUCACUUCAAUGUUCAUCCUAUCUAUGUGGAGCUGCAAGAACGCAACGAGAAGACAAUGCUCAAAAUUACGCGUUACUCCAUGACCCUCUGUACCAUAGUGUACCUCCUCACAUCCAUCUCGGGGUACCUCCUCUUUGGUGCCAGCACCGCCAAUGACGUGCUUGUCAAUUUCGACAGAAACCUUGGGAUCGAGAACAGCGACGCUGUGAACGACAUUGUGCGGAUCACCUACAUUUUUCACCUGAUCUUUGUCUUCCCUGUCAUCUUCUACUCGCUGAGGAACAUUGUGGAUGACCUCUUCUUCCCCAAUGCUAUCACGCCUCUGGUGGACGAUACCAAGAGAUUUUGGCUGUCUACAGCGGCAGAGCUGGUGCUGAUUUACAUUGGUGCCACCGUCAUACCCAACAUGACACUGGCGUUCAACAUCACAGGCGCGACGACCACCAUGAUUGUUGGCAUGCUCAUCCCAGCUAUGCUCGCUCUCAGCGAAUCAGCUGCUUGGGAGGUGGAGACGGGGAUCGUUCCCGGAGUAAAUUCAGGAAACGGUACAGUGGGUGGCUUUUGUCCGUUAACGAGUCUCAACGUAACGAAGAUCUUCAGCGUGAUGGAAAUGGACGCUCCUAAAAAAGGCUCCGAGCGGCCGACUAAGACGGUCCUGGUCCCCGUGCCUGGCGCCGGGUUUUACGGAGUCUACAUGGUGAACUGCGCGCCGACGCGUCUCCUCUCCGCGCACGUGUCGCUCUCCUUAUACAACACCAAUCCCGGCGCCCCCGCCAACGCGCCGCCGGUCAAGUACUACCUCUCCGCAGGCACCAUCGCGCUCGCGUUCGUGCACGCGAUCUGCGGGCUGACGUGUCUCGCCGUGCUGUGCGCGUGGCUGGCACACGUCCUCAAAAUCUGGUUCCACACCGUCGUGCCGCUCACCUUCCACCUCUUCCUCACAGCGCUUCUCCCGGCGCUCGGCGCGCUCUUCUUCGCCCUGGCGGCGCGCCUCUUCGUGCAGCAGUCCGCGGGAAGCAGCCCUGGGAUCGACUUUGCAGCAGAUGUUCUCUUCGUCGUGUGCAUGGCGCUGCUCCUAGCGGCGUUUUUCACCGGGAUUGGCAGCAUAGACCCCUACAUGUCCGAUCUGGAGCGCGUCGUGCUCUUCUUCGCGGUGCCUGCGGCGGUAGUUUCGCUGCUCGGACUCUCCCUCGUGUCCCCGGACAGCCUCAGCUUCGUUGUAAGCACCUCCGUUACAAGCAGCGCCAGCAGCAGCGCGGCAGUGACCGGAGGCAGCAUGUUGACGUCAUCACUGCUUCCGGACACCCUCCCAUCGUUCACCGUCGUUAUCUCCGUCAUUCGCCCGCUCCUCUUCUUCCUCCUCGCAGCAGCAGUCGCAGUAAUCACUCUCCUCCUCUUCCUCGCCCUCCUCCUCUCCUGCCUCCAAUGCCUCGCCUCCCGCCGUCCCGGCGCCAACAGCAGCGGCGGGAACAGCGGCAUGAAACGCGUGGGUGGUGGUGGCAGCAGCUAUGCUCUAGACGACAGGGACACAGACGGUCCCUUGGAGAAAUUCUACGUGCAGGCGUGCGCGCUGCUGCUGCUCGCAGGAGCCGUGUCCGUGCUGCUGCGCUGGUGCCUGCCGUACGACCUGGUUACCUGGUUACCACAGGCUCUGUGGCAGGCGGCGCUGGUGCUGCUGCUGGUGUGGGUGCUGCACAGGUUCCGGCCGAGGGCAGAGCGAUCGGUGUACCAGCUGUUUGACGAGAACGAUGUUAUGGACGAGGAACUCAGUGAGCUGUAG